AUGCUGCCAUUUCUUAUUACUAAAUAUUUGAUUGCUCUAGCAAUAAUGGCAAAAUUAUCAGUUGCCCAAAUAAAUAUACUGGAUUUCCUUCAAUUUCUUCAACCAUUCGGAAAUAUUGCAAGCGAACUGUUGACCAAAGCUGCUAACGGAUUACUAAAUAGCAUAUUUGGUGAGCCAGAAGGAUAUGAGAGUAAGCGUGAGUAUCCAGACACUGCUUUGAUUGGUAGAGGCUCUCCAUAUCCUUAUUAUACUUACUACAAUGGAUACGGAGGAUAUUAUCCGUAUACAUCGAUGUAUUACUACGGUUACAAUAACCGCUAUCCAUACAACUACUAUUAUUAUUAUCGUGGUUAA